CGCGCCCUUCCGGGGGUCGGAGCCAGCCCGAGCCAGCGGUGCCGCCUCGCGCCCCACCCCGCAUCUUCAGCCGCCGCCAGAGCUGCUCAGGCAACGUGCGCCGCGCUCCCCACCAUGGUCAUCAAGGUCUACAUCGCCUCCUCGUCCGGCUCCACGGCGAUUAAAAAACAGCAGCAAGAUGUGUUAGGUUUCUUGGAAGCAAACAAGAUUGAAUUUGAAGAGAAAGAUAUCGCAGCCAACGAGGAGAACCGGAAAUGGAUGAGAGAGAAUGUCCCAGAAGAUAGCCGACCAACAAGUGGAAACCCAUUACCACCGCGACUGUUCAAUGAUAGCCGAUAUCUGGGGGAUUAUGAAGCUUUCUUUGAGGCAAGAGAGAAUAAUGCGGUGUAUGCUUUUUUAGGCUUGACUGCGCCACCAGGUUCAAAGGAAGCUGAAGCACUGGCAAAGCAGCAAGCAUGAACAUCAACUGCCUUAAAUGUUCUGUAAAGGGAAUUUUCACAGCUUUUUAUAAAAUAGUAAAAUUGUUUCUGCUUCAAGAAAAAUGGAUAUAAUUUCUAAUAUUUUGAUUGAUGCUUGCAGCAUCCAUGAUAUUAACAUAAAUUUUGAAUACAAGAAAAAAUGUGAAAAUUAGGGUAAAGAGCAUGGAAUACGCUAUUACAAAGUUGAAGGUAUAACAAAAUGAAGCAACUGGUUUAAAGUGAUUUAAAAAUCAGGUCUUGGCAAUGGUGUCCAUUUUGUACAAAUUUAAGGGGAAAUCCUGAUUUUUUUUUUUUUUUUAAUAUGAACAAUAGAGAUACAAUUAUACCCAGUGGUCCAACUAUUUAAAAACAGGGAAAAGGAACAACAGACAUAAUCUUAUCUGAUAACUCUAGUGCCUGAAUUGCCUCAAAUGUUACUGAACAAUAUAUGAAUACAGUAAUUUUUCAAUGUCUUUUUAAAUUGUGGUUGAAAAUUUAAUUGUAGAUGUGUAGUAUAGUAACCUUCCUAAGCUCUUAGAUGUAUUUUCUUUUUGUAGGAUGGAUAUUUUAAAUUGUAUUGUGGCACACUGUACAGAUCUAGAAAAUGUUGCCAUGUACUUCAUUUAAGUGACCAAUGUGGGCCCUUUCCACAAAAUAAAGAUUGGAGCAAUGAAUAGCAUUUCGACUAGCAAGCUCACCAAUAAGUUGCCUAACCCAUGACUUGAUUACAUAUUUUUGUGCAAGAUUUAGUGCACCUCAGUGAAAUAUCCUCUAGUUCUUAGGAAGUGUUGCAAAGAAGCCAAAAGGGCCAGAAAUGGCACUUCCUUACAUGUAAGAGUUGAAGCCUUUAAUGUAAUACUCCUCAAAAGUACCGUUUCACACAGCUUAUAGCUCUAGACGUUUGGGUGCACAUUCAAAUAAUCACCAGGUGUAUAUAGUAAUCCUUCACACAAGAACAAAAAAAAAAAGUGUUUGGGUAGUAAGGACUGUUGUAAUUGAAGAAGGCUUUAUCUUUCAAAAUGUAAAAGUGGAUUUUGUAUUGCCAUGACAUUGCCACUCCAUUGUUGGAAUUUGUGAAUCCUAUUAAAGAACAGCAUCGUGUAUUGAUGAACUCACUGUGUGCAAUAUCAACCUGUUCCAUGCCUCUGGCAUACCUCAGAUAAUCAGCCAAGAGACAUUCACAUACCCAGUAUUUUUGUGGCCAUACUUUGCAGAAUCACAAGCACCCUAUUUAAGAACAUAAACUUUACAUCCACCUGUCUGCAACUUAUACUUUCCAAAUGCAUCAACAUCAGUUGAAAGUGGUACCACAGACCUUACAUCAGUUGGAAAAGUAUUCUAAGGCUAUGUUAGAUAAAUUACCUAGCAUAGCCUAAGUAGAGACAUUCAGGCUAGGUACAGAAAUUACACACAAAUUGGUAUAAGUGAUUGGAAAAUGGUCUAAAUCUGUAACAGGACAAGCUUAGUGCAUGUAGACUGGUUUAAAAAUGAUGGAACCUGGUUUAAGAUAGUUGUGGAUGGAUGUAGUCUCAGAUUUAAUCAGACCAGUCUAUUGAACUUCUGUCCUAGAUCCCCUCCUGACUCGGGUUGAAUUCCCCUGGCAUCCCAGGAUGCCUUGUGGCCUGCUAACCUCUCACCCCCCUCCCUUGCAGGGUGAGCAGGCAGGCAAGCCUCUGCUUGCACUCAUCUGCUCUGGCUGAGCUGGGCCAGCCCUGCCACCAAGCUGCCACAGAGCUGAGGCAGCAAAGCCACUACACCCCCAGUCCUAUGUCCUGCCUGCACUUGUCAGCUGGGGGGGAGGGGAGUGGAGGGCAGGAGAAUGAAGGCUGUGGAGUUGGGGGGAGAAGGAAGGGGAGCAGUGGAAGGAUUCAAUUCCCUCACACCACUUGGAGGCAUCAACUUUCAUGGGGAAGGGGCUAUGCAUUCUAGCCAACUGGUCAGACCAAGCAGGCAAGGACAGCAAUGGGAGAAAGCCCUGGCCAUGCAGUUUCCUGCAGCUGUUCUGGCUGGGUGUUGGUGGGGCGGAGGGGAGCCAUGUGGCAGGAGUCUCUGCUUUCUCUCUCUCUCUCUCUUUCCCCCUGCUGCCUGGAUUCUGCGCUAGCUCUCCUCCCUGAGGUUGACAGCAAGGUUUUGGGGGCAUGUGCUGGGCAGCCAAUCGGGGAUGGCCCCUGUUCAGCUAUGGUUGGCUGCCCUUGGCAAUGUUCACCAGGCUGGGAGGUGUGCAGGAGCACCCCCUACCUUCUGGUCUUGGCCAUUGCAGGCAAAUACCUGCUUUCCCCAUUUGAAGGGUAGAUGCGAAUUUUGUUCACCCCAAUCCAACCUACACAUUUUACAGAAACCCACAUAAAUUGAAUUGAUUCUGCCUUGGGCUUUUUUAAUGUCUAUACUUAGCCUCAGGAGGAUUACAGUUCUCCCAGUAGAAACUAAAUGUCUGCACACUGACAUUUGGGCUUUUGCUCCUGGAGCAAAAAUGGCUGAUCCAGGAAAAAAAAUAACCUGGGAACAACCAGGUUUAAAUUGUUCUCAGGACAGUUUCUCCCAGGAGUCAGGAUGUCUGUACUUUCCCUAACAGCAUUACACAUGCAUAUAAUUUCAUCAGUUUAAUAAAAAUACAGAAAUGGGUGGCACAGAUCACAAAAAACUUGUAGAAUUAUAUGCAGCUGAUAAGUUGAACCAUAUCCCCAUCAUCCAGUUACUUAAAAUGAUGUAGUAACAUUAAUGCCAUGCUUCUAGAAAGUGUAUACUUUUAAGAUCCAAAAUUCAUAACAAGAUAAGAGCAAAGAUUUAACUUUCAAAUUAUAGUCUAAAACAGAGUAACUGUUUUCUUGUUGCCAACACAUUUGCUUAGUACUCUGUUACCCCGCUACAAAUAGUGAUUUCAUCAAUACUUAAAACACUAAAAAAGAGAUGCUGUUCAUUUCACUGUUGAGACAGUAGUUCUCCCACAGAACUCCAUGGCAAUAUUUCCAUGGACUUCAUUGUGGCAAGAUCAAGCCUGAAAUGGAGCUAGUGACCUAGCAAGUAAAAAUAGCGGUUAGUUCAUGUUCUGUCUCUUCUAAUUUGGGAGCCUAGCAAUAUAUAUUUUGUAACUCAUGCUUACAAAUGCUUUUGUCCUAGCUUUUGUGUUACAUCAACAUACACAAAAAUAGUUGCCUAAUGAUGAGGAUUAACAUCCAUCAUAUUGUGCUUUCUUUUUAGCGGGAGAUAUAUGACAGAUGAUCUGGCAUAUAUUGUACACGCACGUAUAUGUAUGUAUUUUAAAUCUAGUGUUUGCCUUUUAAUAACCAAGCAUGACUUAUAGUUUUUCUAAACUAAGAGUCUUUUGUUAUUGGUAGUGUCUUCUCUGUGCCUAAGCCCAGUAGACUGGUUUUGAAGAACCAAAUGGGUAUAUUGCAGGGAGUUUUGUGAAGGAAGCGGAAUUUGACACAAAAGUCACUAUACUCCUGCUGAUUUGCCCUUUUCCUGUGCAAGGAAAGUAUGGUGUGACGUCUCUGAAUUGCAUGCAUUUAUCUUAAAGAAGUUGUAAUUGACUGACUGCCAAAUUGCAUCACUGAGCUGAUAGAACCCAUUUUUGAAACAAGGUCAUCCCUAUUUCUGAUUUUCAAGAAAGUUGCUAAGUUUAAGAAUGUUACAGCAGUUCCCCCUUUCGGUCCCCCAGCUCUACCAUAUGGUAAUGCUCAAACUGUAUCUGCAUUCCUAAGGAAAUAGUGCUAAGACAGGGACUGAAUUAUAUCAUGUGUCAGGGGGACAGGGCAUGAACCCAAACUGAAAAACAUCCAAGCGGGUCUGUUCUUGUUGUGAGCAAUACUUAAAACUUGAAUUAAUGUAUUCAAGUUUCUUGCAUGCACCAGGAAGUAAAUAUAUACCAUGUUCUCUAUGAACCACAAAAUGGCUGAAUAUAAUGAUUUUAGAUUAAACCUGGGUACUGCAGUGUAAGAAGACUUCAUGUUUUUUCCCCCUCUCUUUGUCCUAUGUAAAGGCAAGGCAAUGAGACCUCAAACUGCUGCUUAUUAACCACUGGUAUAUCAUUCCAAAAAAUUGUUUCAGAAUGCUUUUCCAUCAUGUUAGUUUUACUUUUUGGUUUGCUAUUUUUGGGGGUGGGGGGAGGGAAAUCUAUUCCUUCUGUCUUGCAAGAGAGAUGUGGAGUCUUUUGACCAAAAAAGGCUGUGUGGUUUUUUGUUGGGUUUUUUUUAAUUAUAAUAUCUGUAACAUCCACAAAACAUGGCACAAGCAUUUUUGUCUGUUAAAACUGCUUUGCAAAAUCCCUUUUCUGUUGAAAUUAAAAUGUAUUUGUCUUGGGAUAUAUAACUAUGAGGAAAAUGGGGAUUGACUAUGCUUCCUCACCCACAUCCCUACUUCCUACCCAAACCCAAAUGUCUAGCUAAUAUUGAUAAAUCAACUUCAGCACCUGUUAUUAUAAAGUCUGCUUAGGACAGCCUCACCUACUUUGCUAAUAUGGGUAAUGAAUUUGAUUGACCUUGUCCACAGCAGAGUUUUUAACACUAACUACAAGUUGGGGUGGGGGGGGGGGGGGUAUGUUUUGCCACACAUUCGGUUAAAAUAAAGUUCAUUUUUCUAACGUAGGCAUUGCUAGAGUGAUACUAAGUUGUUGGAGCAGAAAUUACUAACAAUAAUCUGCUAGAAGAUUUAUAUUUUAUAUAAGAUUUUUAAGAUAAAAUGUCCACAGUAGAACCUGGAAACAAUAUAUUAAGGUCCUGGUCUUGCCAUCUUUAUUUGUUAUCCCUUAUUGGCCCUUUUUUAAGGCCAAUAAGGGAUAACAAGGUUUAAUGGCCAUAAACUCCAGGAAGGCUGACUUAGAGGUGGUGCAAGCACCUACUCCUUCAAAAAACAGCUGGAUUUACUUCUUGCUGGGGUCAAUUGAUCCCAGCUGACUUCCUGCCUAUGGUGGGGGGGCUAGACCCAGUGAUCUCAUGAGGUCCCUUCCAUCCCCAAAUGUCUAUGAAAUCUGAAAAUCUAUGAAGAACAACCCUUGCUCAUAAAGCACUGCUACAAAAGUGAGGUUGCAGGUUUGGGUCCUAAUUCACUAUAAUUGUCUCUGAUGAUCUGGUAUGACAGAUGACACUCCUACAAUCUUUGACAGAUCUACAAGCUUUCCAAACUAAGUUAUGACACCAGCUAGCAACCUUUCUACUUGAAGAAUAAAGUAUGUUGUGAGCAUGAAGCUGAAUUCCCAGUCCUAAGUUGGACUGUUUUGGUACUCACCAGAAUUCCAAAUUACAUUUAAGUGCUCUGAAAUAAAGCUUUGUUUUGUUAACCUUAUUAAUGAAUGGUUCAUGAAUGAGAAGAGGGAAUAUUUACUUGCCUAUUUAUAGGAUGAUUUUUUCCUUAUGUCUAAAUGGGAUAAAGCACAACUGGGAACAGUUAUCACGUCUUCUAAAUAGUGUUUUUGUUCAAUUAGCUUUUUUUUUUUUUUUUAUCUUCCACUCUUGCUUUUGCUAUGAUCUGGUGUUUUUUCUAAAGUGGUUCAUAAGGUCCAUUUUGGGGAAAGCAACUUUUGAUGGAGUUUGUCCUGACAAGAAAACACGUUUGCCUUUUCCUAAUAUGUUUCACAUGUGUAAUACAGAAUCAUUAAUGUUUUAUUGACUGUUUUAAAAAGUAGUCUUAAAAGCAAAGAAUAUUGUCAUUCAGUAAUGCAAAGCUCUUAAAUAAAAACGAAUUCCAAAAAUCUGUAAUAAUUGCAUGCUUGCAUUUAAUGUUUACUUGCUGUUCCAAGUUACAGUGGUGCGCACUGUAAUAAUAAACUUUUUCUACUGAUAUACAA